AUGGAGGACAGGAUCCAAUUCGACAUCAACGAGUCUCUCAAAUAUUACUUGAGCGACCCGGCCUCCGUGCCGACCCCCGACGCCCACUCCGAGCUGCUGGAUUUUGAAACGGAACCAGAACAGUUAUCCAGCACCAUCGUCGACAAUGUAUUGAAUCAGAUCGUCGAUGCAGUGGCUGAAAACCCUGAAAGCCUGGCCAGAGUAUCGUCAUUUGACUCGUUGCAGUUUCUUCUAAAAUAUUCCACAUUUAUUCCGACAAAGUCCCUGAGCAAACUUCUCGACUUGAUAGUAUCCGGCCUAUCAGUUGAGGCUGAUAUUAUCCAUGGCGAUCUCGAAUCUGAUGAGCAGGACAGUAUUCAUCACCACAAAGAACUUCUGGAAAUGUAUGGCUUUAUACUUCAAUGGGCACUAUCUGCGGUUGAGUUAAAAGCAGCCGAAAAGCCAGCAGAGCCCGUACCCGCGCGUCGGGGCCCCGGUAAGUCAGGGAGAUCUAAAACCACGAAGGAUAGCAACUGGGAUGGUACUGCUCAAAUUCAAGUGUCAAUGGAAACCAUGUGCAAAGUCAUGAAGCUUAAGCUCAGCAAAAUAUUUUUAACAACUUCAGAUCGCGACACGUUCAUCAACCUCUUCACUCGCUCGAUAUAUCUCAUCUUAGAGAGCGAGCAGCGGGUGAAGAGUAUGGCGAUCCGGAUGCACGCCUUUAAGGUCCUGUGCAUCGCAGUAAAACACCAUGGCCACGGAUUCGGUGCCCAAACCUCCAUCGUACAGAGUUUGACAUACUUUGAGCAUCUGUCAGAACCAAUGGCAGAAUUUUUACACAUCCUUGCAGAGCAAUACGACUACCCACAGCUCUCAGAUGAGAUUUUAAAGGAACUCGGAAACAAGGAAUUCAAUUCAAAUGAUACCAGAGGACCGAAGUCGGUUUCUGCGUUCAUCGUCAAACUUUCGGAGCUAGCCCCAAGGCUGAUUAUAAAACAAAUGACCCUAUUAGCGAAACAACUUGAUAGCGAGUCAUAUACCCUGCGGUGCGCGGUCGUUGAGGUGUGCGGAAACCUCAUAGCCGACCUCAGCAAACAGGAAGAGCGGACCAACAAUUCCAAAACCCAAAUUAACGCUUUCUUCGAUGUUCUGGAAGAGCGUUUUCUAGACAUAAACCCCUACUGCCGUUGCCGAGCCAUCCAGGUUUAUAUGAGAAUCUGCGAUUUGGAACAGAAGUUCCCGAAACGUCGACAGGCAGCAGCAGAGCUUGCAGCCAGGAGCCUUGAGGACAAAAGUAGCAAUGUGCGACGAAAUGCGAUCAAACUGCUCGCAAAGUUGGUCUCGUCUCAUCCUUUCAGUGUUAUGCACGGCGGGCAGCUCUCGUUGAAGGAAUGGGCGGAGCGCCUCGACACUGUAGAUGCUGAACUCAAUGCAUUGAGGCCCCCAGAGACACCAGGAUUCGACGCCGAAGAUGUCUCCCAUAUCGAUAGUGAACUAUUAGACGAUGCAACGCAAUUACCCGACGAUUCACCGUCGAAGGCACCGCGUAUGACAGAAGAGGAAAGGGUUGCAGCGAUGAAGAAAGCCGCCGAACAAGCAGCCACUUCAGAAUUGCUUGCGCGGCUGCAGCUAACCAGGAAAUACUACAACGAAGCAAUCCGCUUUAUCGAAGUCCUCCACACGGGUUCUAGCGUCGUGUCUCAGCUUUUAUCAUCGAGAAACAAGAGCGAGGCAAUAGAGGCCAUGGAUUUUUUUGUGAUGCUGGAUGCAUACAAAGUUGAGACUGCUCGCUCUGGAAUUCGACGAAUGCUGAGACUUAUUUGGACCAAAGGCAACAGUGAUGAGGGUAAAGGAGUCCAAACCCACCUGAUUGACUGUUACAAAGGUCUCUUCUUUGAGGCGCCGGACUCAUUUGGUCCGAACGAUGCAGCAAACUAUAUCGCUCGGAACAUGAUCAGUCUGACAUUUGGUGCCACACCUGCUGAACUUACAUGCCUCGAACAACUUCUGAGCACUAUGAUGAAGGCCGAUCAUAUACCUGAAGCCGUCAUCGCUAAACUUUGGCAAGUUUAUGGCGUUCAGAAGAAGGAAAUUUCAAGAACACAGCGUCGUGGAGCCAUCAUUGUUUUAGGCAUGAUUGCCCUGGCUGAUCCUGAGGUUGUUAUCAAAGAGAUUGAGAUAAUGCUCCGAAUCGGUCUUGGAAGCUUUGGAAGAUCCGACCUCAUUCUUGCCAAGUAUACGUGCAUUGCGCUCAGGCGAAUGGUACCAGGCCGCCAAGCCAAAUCUAAAGAAUCCAGCAUCUCUAAGCUUACAAACGACCAUGCUGUGUUGGUCAAACUCGCGGCCAUAGUUGAGACCGUCUCGGACAGUAAAGAGUGGUACGGUGUCGCUGAGCAAGCUAUCAGUGCCAUAUACGCUUUAUCCAAACAUCCGGACGUUCUUUGUUCUGAUAUUGUUAAACGAAAGACAAAAUCUGUUUUCCAGCCACAGAUCCAAUGCCCGUAUUCAAAUGGCUCCGGGAAUGAAGAAGAACAACGCCCUGGGACAGCCUCAACCGAGAAGUCUGUUUCAGGACAGAAGACCUCUUCGGCCGCCUUGUCUCAACUUCUCUUUGUCGUCGGCCAUAUUGCAAUCAAGCAGAUUGUUCAUCUGGAGCUAUGUGAACUGGACUUCAAGCGUCGGAAGGCUGAACAGGAGAAAAAUAAGCCUCUCACUGCGAAUCAGAACAACGACGAAGCCAUCGAAAAUGACGAGCUAGACCUUAUCGGUGGUACGACUGAGGACGACUUCACAGAAGCAAUGGCCCACGUCCGUGAACGGGAAUUGUUGUAUGGCGAGAACUCACUACUGUCGAACUUCGGGCCUUUGGUUGCAGAGAUCUGUGCAAACAACAACACCUACUCUGAUCGCAACCUUCAAGCCGCAGCAACCAUAUGCAUGGCCAAAUUAAUGUGUGUAUCCGCUGAAUACUGUGAGAAGAACCUUCCCCUUCUUAUCACCAUUAUGGAACGCUCUGAGGACCCCAUUGUACGAAGUAAUGCAGUAAUUGCCCUUGGUGACAUGGCUGUGUGCUUCAAUCAUCUGAUUGACGAGAAUACGGACUUCUUAUACCGUCGACUCAACGAUGAUGAUGCUUCUGUCAAACGCACUUGUUUGAUGACCCUCACUUUCCUGAUCCUAGCUGGUCAGGUUAAGGUUAAGGGUCAGUUGGGCGAGAUGGCGAAAUGCUUGGAAGAUGAUGACAAGAGGAUCGCCGAUUUAUCCCGCAUGUUCUUCACUGAGCUUGCAGGAAAGGACAAUGCUGUCUACAACCACUUUGUUGAUAUGUUCAGUCUCCUCAGCGCAGAGCGCAAUCUAGAAGAAGGGUCUCUUAGGCGUAUCGUCAAGUUCUUGAUUGGCUUUAUCGAGAAGGAGAAACAUGCCCGCCAAUUAGCGGAAAAGCUCGCCGCUCGACUACCAAGAUGUGAGACCGAGCGGCAGUGGAACGAUGUCGCCUACGCACUAUCCCUUCUUCCUCACAAGAACGAAGAUAUCGCUAAGACGGUGGCCGGGGGAUUCAAUAAGAUUGUCAACACGGCCCCGGCCCCGGCCAUUGCAACUGCGUAG